AUGACUGAACCACGCCCCAAGCGCCCCCGAACAACUCCCCGCAACUCCGCCGCCAACGAACUUGAGCUCGAAGAAACACCCUUCUCCACUCUCCGCAAGCUAGCAGCCGUGGCACCGAAGCACACGACCCCCCAAACCCGCCGCACACCAACCGCAGGCCCUCUCUCCACCGGCCGACACACCAACAAAACCCCUCAGAUAGGUCCAAGACAGACUGCAAGACGGGGCCCACCGACAACACCACACGCGCUCAAAGCACUCGAAGCACGCCGAAACGCCGCGCUUACACCCGGAAGGGACAGGCGGCGGAGCGGGAGGGUGCAGAGAGCGACGCCGAGGGAUGUAUUGAGAAACCUCAGCAGGUUACUAGCGCGCAACACGGCGACCAUCGAGCCAUCGCCUCAGCUUCAUGGGAUACAGCAUGUGCGGAGCGGUAUGCUCGACGAGGAGGACGAAGAAGAAGAAGACCAUCCACCAGCCCCCCGCCUCUCAAUGCCCUUCAACGACCUCUCAGACGACGACUCCUUCCACGUGAAACCUCCCCGCCUAUCCCUCGCCCUCAACGACGAGGACACAACAACGCGCUCCCUCGAAGCCAACCGGCGCGCCACAGUAGAUACAAUCCCCCGUCUCUCCCUCGGCAGCACGCGCCUCAGCGAGCGCUUCGCCGAUCUCAACGAGCUAGGCAUCGACGCCGCGUCCAUCCUCGACGAAGCCGGGAACGUGACUGUCGACGACGAGACGGCGAGGGAUUUGCUGGAGCAGGCUGGGUUUGAUGUCGAUGUGUUGCUUGAGGAGGACACGCGGGAUGGGCAGGCUUUUGCUGAGGCACUGAGACGGGGAGGGAGACAGAGCGAUCUUGGUGUUGGGGCUGAGGCUGGGCAGGAAGUCGAGGAUGAUACGUUUAGGUUUGUCGUGCCGGAUAGGGCGCGUUCUGUGCGGGAGCAGCGGGAGGCUGAGGAAGAGGAAGACGCACGAGCGGAAGAGGAGGUGGAUGAGGAGCAAAUCGUGCCUGCAGAUGAACUGGACGAUGCUGAGGCGGAGGAUGAGCUCGACGAAGAGGCAGCUAAUGCAGAAGACGCCCAAGAGAGGACUCUUCGCGAAGACUCGGUUACAGCAGCCGAACGCCCUCAAGCUGAUCCCCUUAAGCCCACCGCAAAAACAGCAAAGCGGAAACGCAAAGAGCUCAAGUUAUCGAAGCACGGUAUCGAGUACCCGUCCCUCCCACCAACGGUCGUCAAACGCCUAGCCACUACCUUCCUACGCUCAGCCGGCAACGGCAACGCCAAGAUCAACAAAGAGACGCUCGAUGCUAUAGUACAGACAUCAGACUGGUUUUUUGAGCAGAUAGGAGAGGAUCUCGAAAGCUAUGCGGAUCACGCGGGACGCAGGACUAUUGACGAAGGGGAUGUUGUUACUUUGAUGAAGAGGCAGCGACUGCUUAACGCCAAUACUACGCCUUUCUCUCUGGCGCAGAAGUUCCUUCCUAGGGAACUGCUACAAGAAAUCCGUAUGCCGACGCCGGCAAAGUCGAAGAAGGCGAAGAAGCGCCGGAUGGAAACGAUUGAUGAGGAGGAAUCGGUCGGCUGA